AUGGCUCAAUUGAACCAAAUGAUUUUUCUCGUGAUUCUCUUAAUAUUGUGCACUAUUGCUUAUCUUGAAGGAGUUUCAUUGAAUCGUUUACUUUCAUCGAAAACUAAUAAUAGAAUAAAACGAGCUGAUGAUGAUACAAUUUCGCGACGUAUCCAAACAGUUGGAAAUCUAGUUUUCGAUCCUACUCCAGUACGAGCAGCUACAAUUCGUCGAAAAAUGGCCUGUUUCUUCGUAUUUGAUAAUGAAGCAUCAGCUGAUCUCAAUAACAAUUUGGAUAAUGCAAACAAUUAUGCUACUCAAUUAGCUACACUUGCAUCAAAAUAUACUGCACAUGCUAAUAUAAUAGUAACUAAUGCAGGCACAGAAAUAUGGUCAAAUGGUGAUCAAAUAUCAUUUCCAGUUGGAGGUAAUUCUUUUACAGCUAUGCCAGAGAUUUUAACACAAUUUCAAACAUAUUUGGCUAAUACACAUAAAUCACUUUUUGGAACUGUUUAUACUGUUGGAGUACUCAUUUCAAAUAAAACUUCAUUAGUUGCAGGAGGCUAUUCUCAAGGACCACCAUGUACUACAUCAGGUACUUCACUCAUUAAUUAUCGACCAUAUCCAUGGUCAAUUGCUGGUUUACUUGCACAUGAAUUAGCACAUACACUUUCUGUUGUUCAUCCAUUUGAAUUAUCAUAUCUAUGUGAAGAAUAUAAAAACAAAUUGAAAUUUUGUGCAUCAAUACCUGAAGAAUGUAUGUGUUCGUCAAAUGAUUAUCCUGCUCAACAAUGUCUUAUGACAUAUCAAUUCGGUCGAGCUACAUCAAAUGCUCCAAAAUAUACAUCAUGCGAAAUUGAAAUGAUGAAUUAUUUCUCAUCAAAUAUCUCCUGUCUUACUCAACUGAAAGAAAGGAAAGUAUAA